AUGGCCGCGCCGAAGCCGAGGUGGGGAGGAGCGCCGAGCGACUUCUGCAAGGGAUGUGCCAAGAGGGUCUACCCCGCUGAGAAGCUGCAGAUGGAGGGUCAGAUUUGGCAUGGCGACUGCCUGCGAUGCAAGGAGUGCAACAAGAAGAUCACCGGCGCCAACUGGGGCGGCUUCGUCCCGCCGGACAACACCGCCUACUGCCGCGUGCACUACGACCGCAUGGUCGCCGCCAAGGGCAACUCGGUGUCCUUCAGCUCCAGCGUCGUCAAGCACCCGAGUGGCAUCUCCAAGACCUAA